AUGGGGAAGGGUAAAGCAAAGGUUGUCCCUCAGGAGAGGAGGGACUUCAGGUCGGACCGCUUUAACAGCAGUAACAGGCCGAGAAAAGACUACGCGGAACAGUUUGGAUCCACUGGGACUCAGGCAGUCCAUGCUGUAUUUCGAGAGCCAUUGCACAAGAUCCUAGAAAAGGUGAAGUGCGAACCUUUCUUUCAAUGGCCGAACAGGAUAGCAGGUGACCCCUCGAAACGUAAUCAGAAUCUAUAUUGCGCGGACCACCAAGAGCCAGGUUACACCACCGAUGAUUGCAGGAAUCUCAAAAACCACUUGGACCGGCUUGUCCGAGAAGGGAAGUUGAGGCAUCUGUUGCAUCGCCCUGAAGGAUGGCAGGAACAGUCGAAUAUCGAAACCAGACAAAGUACAUUGAGGCCACCCAUUGGCACAAUAAAUGUCAUUCUUGCCGCACCUAGAAGGACCGGUUCCAACCCUUUUAGAGUAAUGUUAGUGGGCAGGUUCCCGACUGAGCCGGACGACAGGGAAUCCAAGAGAGCCAGAGUGAUUGCCACGCCCUUAAUCAGGUUCUCGGAGGAGGACAAAUAA